GGUGCAGGUAGGGUUUUCGCCGGAGAUGGCGGUGGCGGCGGCGGUGUCAGCGCCGGCGACGCGAAGAGAAAUCUUCUAGAACAGCAAGACGAGACGGCUUUACUUGGCCCACAAAAUAUAAACUCUUCGAUUGCUUUGACGGCCCACGGCCCAGAGCCCACAGCUCGAGGCCCACGGACAACGGCACAGUGGUGGGCUUUAGCUCUUUUCUGGGUCGUCGCGGCUGCUCGUUGCAAGCGCAUGCGCCGCCUUCUCACUCCGCCAUGGCCGGCGGCGGCGGCGGCUGCUCCGGCCAGCGCCGCCGCCGCCUCCGCCGUCACAGUAGAGGCGGUGCUGGCCCUGCUGGAGCGCGCGAUCUCCGCGGGGGACGUGCGCCGCCUCGGCGCGGCGGUGCACGCGCUCCUCGUCAAGACGGCGCUCACCCACCACACCCUCCUCUCCAACCGCCUCGUCGCGCUCUACGCGCUGCUCCCCACCCCGGCGGCAUCGCUCGCCGCCUUCGACGACCUCCCGCACAAGAACGCGCACUCGUACAACUCCCUUCUGGCGGCGCUGGCCCGGGGCCGCGGCACCCUCCCCGACGCCCUCCGCCUGCUCGACGGAAUGCCGCCCGCCUCCCGCAACGUCGUCUCCUACAACACCGUCAUCUCGUCGCUCGCGCGUCACGGCCGCGAGUCUGAGGCGCUCCGCGUGUUCGCCCAGCUGGCCAGGGACAGGGGCCUGGGGCAGCAGCAGGUGGCCAUCGACCGGUUCACGGUGGUCAGCGCCGCGAGCGCGUGCGCGGGGCUCCGGGAUGCGAGGCACCUCCGCGAGUUGCAUGGCGCGGUGGUGGUGUCGGGUAUGGAGGUGACUGUCAUCAUGGCCAACGCAAUGGUGGACGCCUACAGCAAGGCCGGGAGGGUGGAGGAUGCACGGGGGGUAUUCGACCAGAUGACCAUCCGUGACUCGGUUUCUUGGACAUCGAUGAUUGCAGGGUAUUGCCGGGCAAGCAUGCUUGACGAUGCUGUGCAAGUAUUCGACAUGAUGCCAGCGCAGGACGCCAUAGCAUGGACAGCACUCAUCUCUGGGCAUGAGCAGAAUGGGGAGGAGGAGAUCGCUCUCGAGCUUUUUGAAAGGAUGACAGGUGAGGGGGUAGUGCCAACCCCCUUUGCCCUCGUGUCAUGUCUGGGUGCGUGCGCCAAGGUUGGUCUUGUCGCCCGAGGGAAGGAAGUGCAUGGCUUCAUCUUGCGCAGGAGCAUCGGUUCAGACCCUUUCAACGUUUUCAUCCACAAUGCCCUUAUUGACAUGUAUUCCAAGUGUGGCGACAUGGUAGCGGCCAUGGCGGUGUUUGACAGGAUGCUUGAGAGGGACAUCAUCUCUUGGAACUCCAUGGUGACAGGGUUCUCGCACAAUGGCCAGGGAAAGCAGUCACUUGCAGUGUUUGAGAGGAUGCUUAAAGAUGAAGUACAACCAACCUAUGUCACUUUUCUCGCUGUCCUCACAGCUUGCAGCCAUGCUGGUCUAGUCUCUGAUGGCCGCCGGAUUCUUGAAUCAAUGCAGGACCAUGGUGUUGAACCAAGAGCUGAACACUACGCCGCUUUCAUUGAUGCUCUUGGUCGGAAUCGCCAGCUGGAAGAAGCAAGUGAGUUCAUCAAAGGCUUGUCCUCCAAGAUCGGUCUGGGUACAACUGGGUCAUGGGGGGCCCUCCUUGGUGCAUGUCAUGUUCAUGGCAAUAUUGAGAUCGCGGAAGAAGUUGCCGAGGCCCUGUUCCAGUUGGAGCCUGAGAACAGUGGUCGGUAUGUCAUGUUGUCAAACAUAUACUCAGCAGCAGGACAGUGGGACGAUGCCCGCCAGGUCAGGGCUCUCAUGAAGGGGAAAGGAUUGAGGAAGGACCAAGCUUAUAGUUGGAUAGAGGUGCAGAGAGCAAAACACAUGUUCGUCGCCGAUGACACAUCUCACCAUGAGGCGAAUGAAAUAUAUGAGAUGCUGGACAAGCUUUUUCAUCACAUGUUCAUUAUAGGGGGUAAUGUUGAGGAGCUUAUAGUUGGAUAGAGGUGCAGAGAGAAAAACACUUGUUUGUCGCUGCUAACACAUCUCACUGUGACGCAAAUGAAAUAUAUGAGAUGCUGGACAAGCUUUUUCAUCACGUGCUCGGGGUAAUGUUGAGGACAAGCAUGGCAAUUUUGUUUUGUGCUGAAAGAUACAUCCUCUGGAAUGAAACAAUUGCUUUAGCAUUGCAAGAACAAGGCCAUUGGUCUCAGGCAUGAGGGAUGAAGCCCACUGAUUUGCCUUCAGCAUCCUUGGUAUGGCAGAUUGGUGGUGUGUUUCAAGGAUGCUGCAAAGGAGCGUCAGAGUCCAAAAUGUGGUUAUUGUGUUUCUUUGAGAUUGCAAUCACAAAUAAACUCGUACGAUUUUGAUUCGUUUGGAACUUGGCAUCCUGAAGGAUCAAUUUUUCACUUGAAGAUGACAACUGACAGGACAAAUUCAGAGUCCAGAACUUUGGGCCAUUGCCUCGGCAGAGCUUUACAAUUGCCUGAUCCAGCUCAAUUUGUGAGUUUGAAGAAUCAACUACUGAGUCAUUUACUCAUUUUCCCCCCUCUGCAAUAGAGGUGUUGAUUUCCAAUCUUUGCCACGAUGAUCGUAUAUUUGGAUUUGGGAAGGUGGUAGGAUAGAAGUCUUCAGCUUUCCACUCUUUGUAAUUUGUAGUCUUUGUUAUUGAACGUUCAGAGUACAUAUAUAAUAUAAUUUUUGUGUGCGAAGUUUGACUGAAUUUUGCAGUGGAUGAUUCAGAUCGGAGUUGAAGAAUAUGUUGUCGUCAAUUGGCAAUUGACAAGCAUGAAGGCAUAUAUAUAUAUGUCUAGUUCAGUCUAUCAAUGGCAUGCAACUUGGGAAGAUUACGCCCAUGUUACAUUUAAUGCCUUUUUUAUUAGGAGGAUUUGCAAAAGAAUUUUGGAGUACUCGUUCUA